AUGUCUCUGUUUUUCAGCCGAAUUUUGAAGCACUGGGCACGCAGGGCCAAUUCUUGUUUCUUCUCAUCAGUGCCUCGGUCCCCGUAUUUGAAAACUCCGGAGGGCACGAUCGUGCAACCCAGCAUCGCGAGGUUGGAUGAUGAGGACCGACCACAGCACGUUACAUCUCGCGGAUGCGUACAUGCCAUGGGUUUCAUCUCCAAGAGUCGUAUCAUUGCCUGA